AAAAAAAGAGAGAGGGAGAGAGAAGUGAACCUCACGGAAGCGGUCUGAACUCUUAACGCUUCCAUUUCGACGAUUCCAGAAGUCAUUCCCGAUGAGACUGAUCAAAGGCCUCGCCGCCGUCGGCCGAGCUGCCGGAUUCGACUCCUCCGCCGCUCACCGCGGCCUUCUCAGAGCUGCCGUUUGCAGCACAGAGUAUACCUCUGAGCCGCUCCGGUUCUGUCAGAAGCUCCGUGGUCCGCUCGAGCUACUAGCUCCUCCUACCCCGCAAGCAGUCGCCGGAACUCGGUUUUUUGCGGCCGCAGCUUCGUCUGCGACGCAGGAGGUCCGCCGGAGGGAGCCUCCACAAGCUGAGAAGUAUUAUCCCAGCGAUGUCGUUCUCUAUCAGUACGAAGCGUGCCCUUUCUGCAACAAAGUGAAGGCAUUUCUCGAUUACUACAAGAUCCCCUACAAAGUUGUGGAAGUGAAUCCCAUUAGUAAGAAGGAGAUUAAAUGGUCUGAUUACAAGAAGGUGCCGAUACUGAAGGUUGAUGGGAAGCAGAUGGUUGAUUCUUCAGCUAUCAUUGAUGAGCUGUUUCAGAAAAUGCAUCCCGAUAACUUCGCGGAAGAUGAGGAGGAAAACAAGUGGCGUGGGUGGGUAGAUAAUCAUUUGGUUCAUGUUCUAUCACCAAACAUAUAUAGAACACCUUCAGAGGCGCUCGAGUCAUUUGACUAUAUCACCAACCAUGGCAAUUUCAGUUUCACGGAGAGGUUAAUAGCAAAAUAUACUGGUGCGCUAGCUAUGUACAUGGUGUCCAAGAAACUGAAGAAGAGACACAACAUUAUUGAUGAGCGUGGAUCAUUAUAUGAAGCUGCAGAAACCUGGGUCAAUGCUCUGAAGAACCGGCCAUAUUGUGGUGGUGUGAAGCCUAAUUUGGCUGAUCUCGCUGUCUUUGGGGUCCUGAGGCCAAUUCGUAACCUCAAGUCGGGCAAGGAUAUGGUAGAGAACACUCGCAUUGGGGAAUGGUACGGUCGGAUGGAGAGAGCAGUUGGUGAUUCAGCUAGAGCAGUCGCGGAAUAGUUUCUUGUUACCGUUAGUCAAAAAGAGAAACAAAGGCUGAAGCCUCCGUUUUAUCAUAUCCAUUAGGUGUGUCCAUAAUAUAGCCAUGAAUUUGGAGACCUUUCAAUGCCUCAUUCCUAUCAGAGGGCUCCCAUAGAGCUAGUGUUGAAGCGAUUUGCUUGGUGAUGGCUUAGACAUGCUUGUACUUACAAUGAGAAUGCGGGAAUAACCUUGCGAAGACACUUUGAUUGGUAAGUCUCUUAUGAUGAGGAGGAUAUCCUUGAAAUGUUACAGAGAGAGCUGUUGGUCAUUGAACUUCGGCUUUUUAUGCCUGGGUUCCUCAUGCUGAUCUUAUGGGUCCUGAAUUUGGAUCUAGACUUCUAGUCAAGUUGAGCUUGGACCCUGGCUUGGUUCAGUGGUUAAAGAACCUCCCCUAAACUAGCUUGGUGAUCUUCUUGGCUCAGUCUCAGAGCUUGGAACUUCUCUGAAGCUGGGGGAUAUAUUGCAUGAGAGUUAGGUUAUCUUCUUGGCUCGUUCUAGGAGAUUGGAACUUCUCUGAAGCUCGGGGAUAUAUUGCGUGAGAGUUGUCUAUAUUGGUACUUGGAAUAGCAUAAAGCUCAAAUUUAUGUUCUGAUAUUAUAGAUAAACACAAAAAGGGAAAAAGAAGAAAAUAUUGUAAUAAUAAAGUGGGAGAAAUGCACUAAUCUCACUCAACAUGAGAAUGACAUAAUUCUUUUGUGCUUAA